AUGGAAGUGGACAACUGUGUUGUCUGCAUGUCAAUAGCUGUCUACACCUAUGGCUAUGAGUACCUUGGAGCCUGUCCUAGAUUAGUGAUUACACCUCUGACUGACAGAUGCUAUCUCUGCCUUAUGGGAGCCCUACAACUUGAUCUAGGUGGAGCAUCUGCAGGUCCAGCUGGUACUGGAAAGACUGAAACAACUAAAGAUUUGGCUAAAGCUUUGGCUAUAUGGUGUGUAGUGUUUAAUUGUUCAGACAGCUUGGAUUAUAAGAUGAUGGGAGAAUUCUUCUCUGGACUAGCACAGUCAGGGGCCUGGUGCUGUUUUGAUGAGUUCAACCGAAUCAAUAUUGAAGUUUUAUCUGUUAUUGCUCAACAACUUAUUACUAUCAGAAAUGCCAAAGUAGCUAAGGUCUAA